AUGAGAGUCGUGUAUUCCCUCAAAUCCCGUGACCUGAACGGAGUCGCCGCCGAAGCCGCCUGGGCGGAAUCGAUCGGUUACGACGGAAUCGCCACCAACGAAACCGCCCAUGAUCCGUUUCUGCCGCUGGCGGUUGCCGCCACCACCACCAGUCGUGUCACCCUGGAAACCCACGUCGCCAUUGCAUUUCCCCGUUCGCCCAUGGUGCUGGCCCAUACGGCCCGCGAUCUGCAGGAUUCCAGCAGCGGCAGGUUCCGCCUCGGUCUGGGCACCCAGGUGAAGGGACACAUUGAACGCCGGUUUUCCACCCGUUGGGGUUCGCCGGGCCCACGCCUCCGAGAGUACGUUCAGUCCCUCAGGGCUAUCUGGAAUUGUUGGGAUACCGGCAGCAAUCUUGAAUACGCCGGCGAUUUCUACCAGUUCUCUCUCAUGACGCCGUUUUUCAGCCCCGGGCCCAGCGAAUACGCUCAUCCUCAAGUUUUUACCGCUGCCGUCAACGGCUACAACUGCCUGGUAGCCGGGGAGUGCAGCGACGGUCUCAUGCUCCACAGUCUCACUUCCCCUGAAUACGUCCGGCAGGUGGUCAAACCCAACAUAUCCAAAGGAGCCCGACGCGCCGGCCGCGAUCCGGGUGACAUCUCCCUGGUCGGAGGUGGCUUCAUAGUUACCGGGCCCAACCAAGCCGCCAUCAGGGAUCAAGAAGCGGAGACCAGGCGCCGGAUCGCCUUUUACUCUUCCACUCGUACUUACUUCCCCGUUCUUGAAUGCCACGGCUUUGAGGACAUCGGCCGCCAGCUACACCAACUUUCUCUGGAAGGCAAAUGGGAGGAGAUGGGCGACCUUGUACCCGAUGACAUGCUGCACGCCUUUGCGAUCAUCGGUGAGUAUGGCGAUAUCCCAGGCCUGUUCAAGGAGAAAUACGGUGGUUUGGUCGAUGAAAUGCACUUUUCGAUCCAGACCUCGAACGAUGCUGAACAGGCACAGCUCCGCCGCAUAGUUUCCCAACUCAAGGAGCAAUAA